ACCGUAUAUAAGUCCAUUUAAGAGGAGGAAGUUCUCAUUUUCCAAUCGGCGUUAUCCAUGUAACAUCAUGUGGUUGUAUAUGACUUUUCUCCUAAUCAUUGGAUCGGCCAUAGCUGAUCACAAUAAUGCUUGGGAAACAGGAAACGAAUAUCACUAUCUUAUUCGAAGUCAGACACUGGCGGUCUUAGACAAGCUAGAUGAUCAGUCUUCUGGAAUUUUCAUCAACGGUGACAUCACCGUUCAAGUAAAAUCGUCAGACACACUACGGGCUGUGGUUUCUAACGCGCAGUAUGCUCCUGUGAACAAAGUAUUGCCGGAAGGUUGGAAUACCACCGACCUUCAGUAUCAAGAGCUUUCCCUGUCGGGAAAGCCCUUCGAGGUCAAGCUUCAGAACGGAUUAAUUCAAGAUGUAUUGAUCGAUCAAGACGUACCUACUUGGGAGGUGAAUUUGUUGAAGAGUUUCCUGAGUCAACUACAGAUUGAUACGCAAGGCCAGAAUAUGAUACCAAGCGAGGACACACAAAUGCCCGACGACAGCCAGCCCCAAGGUACAUUUAAAGUCAUGGAAGACUCUGUCGGUGGCAAAUGUGAGGUUCGUUAUAGUAUUACGCCAAUGCCUGAAAAUGUUCUCUCCGAGAACCCAGAAUUAGUACCCUUGCCAAAUCUCCGCAAGGAUGGUCAUCAUAUCGAUAUCAUGAAGGUGAAGAAUUACACUAAAUGCGAGCAGCGAAUGGCGUAUCAUUCUGGUAUCGUUGGUAGGAUGGCAUGGAAACCAGAAUCCAACGAUGGUCCUCUCUCGCGAUCAUGUACGAGUCGUAUUAUCAUCUCUGGCAACCUAAAACGUUUUACUAUUCAAUCGUCCGUGACAACACACAAAAUACACGUUAGCUCUAAAAUGAAUGACUCUACAUACUCUGGCGCUGUCUAUAAUAGGGUAAACUUAACUCUGGACAGAAUGAGCACUGUCUCCGAUCCCAUGCCUGUGUCCAACAAUCUCAUGUCAACCGGAAACUUAGUGUACAUUUACAACAGUCCGUCCGCCAACCAGCGCACACCGCGUCAUCCGAGUGACAUUCAAGGUUCUUCGGCAGCUCGGACGUCCGACAAUGACGGCAGCAGCAACUCGAACAGCGAAGAACGCGAUUACUUGCAACCUAAACCGAAAUUAGAAGACGCUCCGGAGAUUCCGCUAUUACCUUAUUUUGUCGGAUACAAUGGCAACAGCAUCCAAAAGUCCGACAAAAAUUUUACUGAAAUAAUGAUCGAUUUAAUCGGAUGGAUAUCCCUAAAAAUCGAAACCUACAAUAGUUUUGCAUGGAAGCCGUCAAUUCUAGACGAGAACCUAUCAGAAAAAUGUAUAAUGCUGAUUAGAGCGAUGCGUACCAUGAAUGUCACGCAGAUAGCUGAGAUAGAGACAACAAUGUCCAAAUGGAUGGCCUCUGAAUUAGCCCGCGGUCAAAGGGACGAAACAGUUCACAAAACUAUGUGGGAUAUCUGGCACAACGCCAUUGGACACGUCGGAACUGGACCAGCUCUUAUCACCAUAAAAAAUUGGAUACAAAACAAAAAACUUGAGGACAUGCAAGCGGCAAAUAUUAUUUCUCGAAUUCCCAAAGCAGCAAUCACGCCUACGGAAGAAUAUGUUAGAGCGUUUUUCGAGUUGAUUACGGAUGAACAAGUAACGAAACAGAGAUUUUUGAACACGACCGCACCUGUGGCAUUUGCAGAAUUAAUCUAUAACACCCACAACAAAAUGGCAUCCCGCUACUAUCCGGUCGACAGUUUCGAUCAUAUGGUCCCCAAAGAUGACAGAGCGCUUGUUGAAACUUAUAUUCCGUACAUGGCCACUCAAUUGAGAGAAGCUAUCGACGAAGGCAACAAUCCUCGAAUUCAAACGUAUAUUCUGGCAUUAGGUGGUACUGGUCACCCGAAAAUACUCUCCAUUUUGGAACCGUAUCUAGAGGGCAGCUUGCGGAUAUCGAAGUUCCAACGUUUCUUCAUGGUUAUCGCAUUAAACAGAAUAGGCGAACGCAAUCCGAGUCUCAUCAGAUCUGUUGCCGAAAGGAUCUAUGGAAAUACGAUGGAGGCUUACGAAUUACGUUGCGCAGCUGUCUACGUCAUAAUGAACACCAAUCCACCUCUAAGCCUACUGCAACGAAUGGCAGAAUUCACUCAUGAGGAUCAAGACAACCAAGUAAAUUCCGCUGUCACGACUAGCAUAGAGGGCCUCGCUAAUUCGAAGGACCCGGAGUUCCAAGAACUCGCUGACAAGGCGCGUAUCGCAAGGAAACUGUUAAAACCUUCAACUUACACUGAAAAUUAUUCACACAGCAUCCUUCACGAGAUAACUGUCGCCUCCUUAAAUAUUGCUCAAAAAACUUUUCUGUCAACGAUUGGUAGCGACGACAAUAUAAUGCCAAAAGCUGCAUAUUUUAUUGUAGAACAAUCUUUCGGUGGCUUUAAUUUCCCUCCCGGAAAAGGAUUUUAUGCUAUAUCGAACAUAAAUGAACUGCUAGAUAUGUGGUACCAGAUGCCCUGGAUGAAGCGAGAUAACGUCGAAAAGAAAUUGAUUAUUAAAGACACUAUCGACAAGCUUGGCAUUAUACCCGAAGAGCCGGAACAGAUCGAAUGGAAUAUGCUCGCAGACUCCUUAUUUUCAAGACAUUUCUAUGCCUUCGAUAAUCAUACGUUUGACGAUAUCGCCAAUAGGAUCACAAGUUACAUUGAAGCGUUGAAGUCAUCCCGAGAUUUUGAAUCUAGAAACUUGAAUAAUCUACACUACUACGACAGGACGCUAGGAUUUCCGACUGAAAGCGGCCUGCCGUUUGUUUACACAUUAACUGUAUCACAAGUCACAAGAAUUGGUGGCGCGGAAUCUCACGAAAUGAAAAACUUAUCCACUGAGGACUCUUUGGACGUAACAGUGGUGGGCAACAUGGUAAAUAGCGACAAGGUCCAAAACAGAAUUGGUUUCGUCGCGCCUUUCGAGCACAGACAUUAUAUUGCUGGUAUCGACGUCAACGCAGAGUACUUUGUACCAGCUGGUUUACGUUACACUAGAGAAGGAAAGAAAAUUGUUCUGCAGAUACAGCCCGAUUAUUAUCAAUAUAUCGGUACCGGGCAUGGGAUGAUUUACUACAGCGUCGUCCCUUAUACCGCAAGACACGACAUUCUUUCUUUUAGCACUGAUCCCAGCAAUGACACACUCGUGGUGAACACGAAGAAACCACAUGAAGUAGGACUUACGCUAGACGCUUUAAUAUAUGUACAAUGUGUGAUGAAAAGUGAUCAUAUAAACGAAGAAGCCUCGAAGAAAACAGGACUUUCGGCUGCCAUAGAGAUUGCUGAUGUGUUUCGUAAAGGUGGCGCUUAUUACAGAAAAUUUCUCGCAAUGUUCUUUCUCCCGACUUCACAAGUAAAUAUAACUUUCGACUCUUCCCGACACGCGAUGUCCACCGUUGACGCCAGUGCGGAGGCAAUAAUUCCUGCAAUAGUGGACAAACAACCGGAAAGCGAGGCGAGAAAGGAGCAAUUACUAGAUGAAGUCAACAAAGAUGUUAAUGCUGCCGUCAGUUAUGUCUGUGACAUAAGUCUUACUAGUGGCUCUAGUAAUUACGUGUUGACCCUCGCUUUGGCAUACAGCCGCCCGAAUAACAAAUUUCAGACACUUUUAUAUUGGAAUGCUCAAGAUGCCAGCAGCGGAGAAGUCUCCCAGGAGAUUUGUGCUAUUGGAAACACAAAGUCAUCACACAUAACACCUCUAAGCUUUAACAAAGCAAUUGAUGAAAUUCCGAAGUGUGAUUUUAAAAUUGAGAUGCGACUUGGAAACUGUACGAACGGAGAAACAUUCAGUCUGAAAGGAAAUUUGACUCGUUCUGAUGAUUUCAAGGCGAGGGCAAUGAAAUCCGAGAUAGUUAAGAAGUGCCAGGAAGAGAUAAAACAAAGCAAUGGUUGGCUACCAAUUUGUCAAGAUGCCAGCGAGUUAAUCAGACAGAAAGAUCAUCUGAUGAUGUCAAUAAACUCGGAACGUGUUUAUGUUGAUGCCAAUAGUUUUAUGCUUAACAUUAAGGGAAUUUUGGACGUAGAAUUGGAGACUUUCUCAAACACGGGACUUACUGAAGAAAACAUUGUCGAUGUGGACAUGAAAGCACUGUCCGAUAAUGAUACGAUAAUUUCUUUGCGCACCGUGGACUUGGGCGUCACGUUCUCUCUGCUAGAUAUUUGUGAGCAAAAACUGAAUACUUUAAGAAUUUUGAAUAUACUUGGCAGAGAAGACCCAGAAGGAUCUGUGUGCGUUCUCGACAAGACUCAAGUUGUUACUUUUGACGAGAAGGUCUAUCCUGUGAAAUUAGGGAAUUGUUGGCAUGUGUUAAUGACCACUUAUCCGAGACGGGAUCCCAAUAAUCCCAAAGAAUUGUUGAGUAUCCCGAAACAUAUGAGUAUGAUGGUCAUGGCACGAGAAAUGGAUGAUGGCAGUAAACAAAUCGAAAUUAUCUUCGGUGAUCACAAAAUUCAUCUGCAUAAAUCGGACAAUAGUUUCGAAGGAGCAUUUGACGACCAAAUAAUUCGUUUCGCAAGCAGUAACUCUGAAGGUCCUGAGAGUUUUCGAGAAAACACCUUCGAAACUUAUCGACUAGACGAUAUGAUCGCAAUUUUCUCACUUGAAUAUGGAAUAUACGCUGUAUAUGACGGAGAACGUCUCAUGCUACGUCUAUCCCACCGAUAUCUCAGUGCAGUACGUGGUCUGUGCGGCAACUACGACACGCGAUCCAACAACGAUUUUAUCAGCCCUAAGAAUUGCAUCUUAACAAAGCCUGAAGAAUUUGCUGCUACAUACGCCCUGACUCAGGAAAACUGCCAAGGACCCGCUUUGGAGAACAAACAAAAAGCCGAACAAUCCACAUGUAUUCCGAGGUCGGAUCAACCGAGUGAUGUCAUCAGUGACAUAGAAGCGGGAAGAUCUGCUACGAGGAAGAGAAGAUGGGGCUAACAUUAAGAUAACCAAUACAUUUCAAGGAAAUUAUUGCAUUGAUGAUCAUGUUGUUUCAUUUAAUAAAAUCUUAAGAGUUGCAAGCAUA